AUGGACCCAAAGAAGAUCAAGACCAUUCAGAACUGGCAAUCCCUGUCCUGCCUGACAGACGUCCAAGCGUUUAUCGGAUUCAGCAACUUUUACCGACGCUUCGUGAAGGAUUUCUCAAAGAUCAUCGCCCUGAUGGUAGCCCUUACGAGAAAAGGGAUGCGUUUCGACUGGAACCCGGCCUGCCAGACUGCCUUUGACCGUCUGAAGCACGCUUUUACCACAGCGCCUGUCCUGGCCCCAUUCGAUUGGGAAAAAGAGAUCAUCAUAGAGACCGACACGUCUGAUUACGUGUCCGCCGGAGUGUUGUCCCAGUAUGGGGACAAUGGAAUCCUGAGGCCAGUAGCUUUCUUUUCGAAAAAAUACUUGAUGACGGAGUAUAAUUACGAAAUUUACGACAAGGAACUGCUGGCAAUUAUCCGCUGCUUCAAAAAAUGGAGACCCGAGCUGGAGGGGACAAGUUCCCCGAUUAAGGUUAUUACCGACUACCGGAACCUAGAGUAUUUCACAACGAUGAAGUUACUAAACCGCCGCCAAGCCAGAUGGUCCGAAUUCCUGUCCCAUUUUAACUUCAAGAUUGUCUACUGCCCCGGAAAGCAAGGAGCAAAGCCGGAUGUUCUGACCAAGAGGUCAGAGGACCUGCCUAAAGAAGGGGAUGAACGCCUGUUGCACCAGAGUCAGGUAGUGCUGAAAAGAGCCAACCUUGACGAUUUCUUACCUAUAGAUAGGAAACCGGAAGACCAGCCCGUCGAGUUGCCGCCAACUCCAGCACAGACUCCUGAGGUUCCUGAACCAGUGCCUGCUGCCCCAGAACCCGUGCUGGGACCAGCCCGCCCCGCCAACCAGCUCCGGGGACCUGGAGCUCCAGACCACCGACCACAGCCCGAUUUGGAACCACCACGGCCUGCACUGCCCGUCAAAAGAACUGCACCGCUGCUACCUCCCCAGAUCCAGGACCUUUUCAACCAAGGAUACGCCACAGACAAAGAACUACAGUCGAUUGUCCGAGCCCUAAAGAAGAAGGAGUCUUGCCACUGCAAGAUAUCACUGGCCGAGUGCGAACUGUCCGGAGAACACUUGUAUUACCGCGAAUACUUGUAUGUCCCUGCGAACGAAAGGCUGCACGCUGAGCUCUUAUGCCUGUACCAUGCUAGCCCUGUCGCCGGCCACAUGGGUCGAGCCCGUACAUACGAAAUACUGUCCCGAGAAUACUACUGGCCUGACUUCAUUACGCACCUGCCCGACAACUACGGCUAUAACGCGAUCCUGGUAGUCGUCGACCGCCUGACCACAAUGAAGCACUUCAUUCACUAUAAGGGAACCUACGAUUCUGAAGAAGUCGCCCGCCUAUAUGUUAAGUAUGUCUGGAAACUGCACAGCCUGCCCAGAACCAUUGUAUCCGACCGAGGACCCCAGUUCGUAUCCGAUUUCUGGAAGCACCUGACCAAACGCCUGGGAAUCACCGCACUGCUGUCGACCGCCUACCACCUCGAGACCGAUAGGCAGACCGAGAUCGCUAAUUCCUUCCUGGAACAGUACCUGCGGGGCCACAGCCUGAAAAUCACGCCCUUUUUUGCGAAUUAUGGAUAUCAUCCCCGUUUCGGAUUCGAACCUGCCCUACCCGGACGCCGCGUUGCCGCCAAGGAUGCCGAGGGGGUCGCCCUGAAGAUGGCCACUGUACACGAGUACCUGAAGUCUGAGAUCUGCAUCGCCCAAGCCCGCCACGAGGAGUAUGCCAACCGGAAACGCCGACCUGUUCGCAGAUUCUACGUCGGUCAGAAGGUCUGGCUAGACGCAAGGAACAUCAAGACUGCCCGCUCCCAAAAGAAGCUGGACUGGAAGAACCUGGGCCCGUAG